AUGCCUGGCGUCGGAGUGGACAACGCGAUUUGCAUCAAGAUGACGGUCGUGGCUAUUAUUAUGGACGAAUGCCGCGAUUCGUUUGUUAGACUUUACAAAAAAGCUUCAACGAUCUUGGUCUCACAUGGGGGGUUCCUGAUCACGGCAGUCAAUCCCUGGAGACACAAGGUGGAUGGCGGCAUUCAGAUUGAGUUGUACGAGGCCUAG